CCCUCUCUCUCUUUCUCUCUCUCUCUCUCUCUCUCUCUAGAUCUCUCUCUCUCUAGAUUUUGAGUUAAUUUGAGUGGAGGAGAGAGAAAGAAAGAGAUAUAUAUAUGUAGGAGGAAAGUAUAAAAGAGAAUUAAUGGGAAGGAGACCAUGUUGUGAGAAGGUGGGGUUGAAGAAGGGGCCAUGGACACUUGAAGAGGACAAGAAGUUGGUCCACUUCAUGCUCACACAUGCUCCCUCUUCUUGGAGAGCUGUUCCCAAGCUAGCAGGUUUGUUGAGGUGCGGAAAGAGCUGCAGGCUAAGAUGGACGAAUUAUCUGAGGCCAGAUAUAAAGAGGGGUUUGCUGUCUGACUCCGAAGAAAAGUUGGUUAUUGAUCUCCAUUCUCGUCUCGGGAACAGAUGGUCUAAAAUAACGUCUUACCUACCGGGUAGAACCGACAACGAGAUCAAGAACCACUGGAACACGCACAUCAAGAAAAAGCUGAGAAAAAUGGGGAUUGACCCCCUCACUCACAAGCCUAUAGUUCCUUCGAGUGGCGAAGGAGUGCACAACGAUCACCAACAGCAACCACCGGUUAGGGUUUCGGCAACUGACCGGAAGGACGAAAGCGGUGAUCAGCUCGAUCUCGCCGCGGAUGUCGGCGAACUCGUCGACGGCAAAGCAGCUCAUGAUUUUUGCACAGAUGAAGUGCCCAUGAUGGAACCCCAUGAGAUCAUCAUCCCUUGCGGUACUGCUUCUGCUGCCUCUUCCUGCAGUUACUCAACAUCUUCUAGCUCAGCAUCAGUGGCUUCCUCAAAUUCUAUAUUAGAAAAUAAUAAGGCUAAGGAGAUGAAACAGCAGCAGCAGCUUCAAUGCAUGGAGUGGGCAGAAUCAUCCAUGUCCUUCUGGGACAUGGACACUGACUUCACUGAUUGGAAUUUGAUGUUUAAUGAUGGAGAUGGAUUACUUGAUCUAGACACUUUAAUCUUGAAUUGAUGUUUUCUUUUUUUUAUAUAUAAUGCGCCAAAGUUCUAAGUAAAA